GCCUCUGUCUCCUGUAGGGAACAGCGACGACGAUGCCACAGCACAGCGCAUGCGGAGCAUCACAUUCCGACGCUGCAUCAUCUCACGAGCGAGCGAGAGAGCGAGCAUUGCAGCAGUAGUAAAAGUGUAAUAAUAUACCAGCAACACAAUACAAUACAAGCAAGGAAGGAAGGAAGGAAGAAAGUACGGCAGGAAGAAAGUACGGCAGGAAGAGAGGGAGUGAGGGCGAGAAGAGGAGCUUGAGGGCAGAAGAAGAAGAAGGGAUUCUCUUGUGAGAGAGUGAGUGAGAGAGGCAGGCACUGUAGCAUGCGGCAGGGGCUGACAGGCCAUGACAAUAAUCUAAGUAGUAGACGACGACGACGACGAGGAAGAGGAGGAGGUGGCCGAGGGGCAGAGGUUGGUUUUGGGUGGGGAAUGAAUUAGAGUAGCGAUUUGCUCCUCUUCUUCUGCAGCGUGAUCUCUCAUUCCUUGAUCGUCUCGUGGGUUUUGGGGUUCUGGCACUGCUGCCGUCAUGAAACGUUUGUCGUUUCGGCCGCGGCCCUUGGAUAUCAACAAGAAGUUGUCGAUUGUGACGUCGCGGCAGGAGCUUGAUGGGGAUGAGUUCGUGCGAGGGGCGAAUUCUAGCAGUUCCCCCGCGGUCAAGGAUGCCGAGGCUGCCGAAGCGGUCUUGACGUCUCCUGCGAAGAAAGCCGCUGUGGGUUCCGAAAUUCCGACUCCGCGGUUUAUGGUAGUGAAUAGCUACGAAAAGGACUACACACGGACUUUCGUACAGCCUCAGUCAUACAUACGAGCAAGGCCUGCCAGAAAUGAGAAUGCGCAAUAUUGUGAAUAUGACUUGGAUGAUGAUGAUGAGCACUGGCUUGACAAUUUCAACGCGGAAUGCAACGUCAUAUCUGAUGAAAAGUUAGAAACGAUGCUGUACAAGUUGGAGAUCGCUGAUCACCACAGAAGGCCGCAGAGGGAUAAGGACAGACCAGGGUCUGUAGGACCUGUGCAUGGAGUACCCGUACCUGUUGUACUCAGCAAGGAGGAUGCAAAUGAGGUGUUAGAAGGACUAUCAAACUGGCACUCUGUGAUUGGAGCUGUGUUCGAACAUUGGAAGAGAAAGCGAGAAUGCUUGCAGAAGCCCAUUCUUCGGCGUCUACAGCCUGCUCCUGCAGUGAACGACCCAAGUCCAUUCAACGUGUUCAGGCCCAGGGAGAAGAUUCACCGGCCGCAUACUCGGCGUAUGCAAAGACGUGAGAAUGAUAAACAGUCAUAUGAAAAGCUCCGCCAGGUUCGUCAUCAUUUAGAGCAGACCAGAGAAAUUUUGCGUCUGAUACAGGAGAGGGAGAAGAAAAAGCGAGAGCUUGUGCAGGUCGAAGCCAACAUUCAAAGAAUAGCGCUGCAGUUGAAGGUUGCACCGUUUGUACAACAUGAUGCGGGGAGGAUGGAAGAGGACGGAAGUCCUCUGUCCAACAGGAUUGGUGGUGUCGAGGAUGCGCAUCGCGUUUUGUUUAGAGCAGAUUAUCUCAUUGGAAGAGGUCGGGCAAUCCCGAAUCAUCAUGGCACCGCUAUCGGCGAAGAACGAGAAGUUCGCAUUCCAAGACGAAGGCCAAGAUUCCCCCCUGCACGUAGUCGUUGGAAAGGCGGGGUAAAGGCGUUGGAACAUCUGGAACCUACGCUCUUAUUCACAAAGCCUUUAAGUUUCGGGAAAUUAGAAAGUGCAGGGAUAAUGUUCACAGAUGAAAACUCUAGACCAGUACCAUUUCCCUUUCCCGGUAGAAUUGGUCGUGGAGGCCGACUUGUGUUUGAUCGGUGGAAUCCUUUCAAUCAACUACCAGCAGGUAUUCACAACCAUCACCCCAUGUCGAAGCCAGUUACGACAACAAUGGAUAAAUUUCGGCCUGUGUGGCCCUCGAGGCAGGUGUAAUUUACAAGACUGAACAGAAUCUUACGUUCUGCUGCAGAACAUCACUUCAAAGUAGAAAUGCUACGAAAUGUGAUUCAGCAGGCAUGUUACUCUCCUGUACCUAUUGCACGGCCCAUUACAGGACUAUUUGAAAUCCUUAUUUUAUUCCCA